AUGGAGUUUAAAAAAUAUGAAGAGUGGAUGAACAAAAGUGGAUGGAAAAGAGGACAAGGUCUUGGUAGAAAUGAAGAUGGUUUAACAAAAGCAAUUCAUAUUGAUAAAAAAAACAACACUUUGGGUGUUGGUAGUACAGGUUUUAAACAUGAUAAUACAUGGUGGGAUAGAGUAUGGGAAAAUAAAACAAUUGGAACUAAUGACCAAAGUGAUAUAUUUGAAACCAGAGAAACAUUUUCUAAUGGUCAAGAAAAAAGAAAAGAAACAGAUAAUAAAGAGUUUGAAUCACUUAGAGAUGAAAUGUUAAAGAGGGCUAAUGAAAAUGGAAAGAAUAAAGAUUUAAAGUUUGGUACUUUUAAAAAAGCAACCAUGUUAUUAACAAGUGAAUUAGAGGAAGAGUAUGCAGAAAUGAAAAGAACUGAAGAAAAAGAAAAAGAAAAAGAGAAAAAAGAAAAGGAAGAAAAAGUUCAACCAGAAACAGCCAAUAAAGUUAAAGAAAAAUUAAAAGAAGAGUUUGAUGCUUGUAAAAAUAGAACAUUAAGAAAAUAUGCACCAAUUGGUAAAUUAGAAAGAUUAAAAGCACAAGAUGAAGGUCGUUUUGACAUUUCUACAUUAGGCGGUGAAGGUUAUAAAAAAUAUGAAGAGGAUAAAAACAAAAUAAAAGAAGAGCAAAAAUCACAUAAAAAGUUAAAAAUAAAUCAUAAUAGUGAGAAUGAUAGUAUCAAAAUUUAUAAACAAGAUGAAGAAAAAGAAGAAGAAAGAGAAAAUAAAAAGGAAAAGAGGGAUAAAAAAGAAAAAAAAGAGAAAAAAGAAAGAAAAGAUAAAAAAGAUAAAAAAGAUAAGAAGGAAAAAUCAAAAGAUAAAUCAUCCAGUAAAGAAGAAAAAUCAGAUAAAAAAGAUAAAAAAGAUAAAAAAGAGAAAUCAAAAGAUAAAAAAGAUAAAUCCUCCAGCAAAGAAGAAAAAUCAGAUAAAAAGGAAAAAAAAGAAAAAAGUAAAGAGGGUGCCAAGGAAGAAAAGAAAGAAAAGAAAGACAAAAAAGAUAAAAAAGAUAAAAGCGAUAAAUCAAAAGAUAAAAUAGAGGAGGAAAAAACAGAUAAAAAGGAAAAAAAAGAGAAAAAAGAAAAGAAAAAAGAUAAAAAGAAAAAUUAA